AUGGUAUUGGUAUAUGUUGAUGACAUGUUAAUAACAGGUGAUAGCUUGAAGUUGAUUGAAGAAACAAAGAACAAUUUACACCAGGUGUUUAAAAUGAAAGAUUUGGGUGAGCUAAAAUAUUUCUUAGGCAUUGAGUUUGCAAGGUCUAAACAAGGAAUACUAAUGCAUCAAAGGAAAUACACCCUAGAGCUUGUAUCAGAACUUGGAUUAAGUGCUGCUAAACCUAUAGCUACUCCACUGGACACUAAUGCAAAACUGACAACCAAAGAAUAUGAUGAUCACUGCAAAGGUCAACCUGCAGAUGAUCCAUCUGCAGACAUUAACUCAUAUCAAAGGUUGAUAGGCAGAUUACUCUAUCUAACAGUGACUAGGCCAGAUAUCUCCUUCAGUGUUCAAACACUCAGUCAAUUCUUACAGCAGCCUAAAAGAUCACAUAUGGAAGCAGCAAUAAGGAUUGUCAAGUAUAUCAAGAACCAACCAGGAAGAGGAAUUCUAUUAUCCAGCACAAACAACAACAACAUCAUUGCCUAUUGUGAUGCAGACUGGGCAGCAUGUCCUAUUUCCAGGAAAUCAGUGACAGGAUAUUUAAUCAAAAUAGGAGACUCAUUAGUGGCAUGGAAAUCAAAAAAGCAAACAACAGUGUCCAGGAGUUCUGCAGAGGAUGAAUACAGGAGUAUUGCAGCCACAGUAGCUGAACUUAUUUGGCUACAAGGUCUGAUGAAAGAAAUUGGCAUGGAAGUAGCUUUACCUAUUGAAAUAUACAGUGAUAGUAAAGCUGCUAUUCAGAUUACAGCUAAUCCUGUAUAUCACGAGAGAACCAAACAUAUCGAAAUAGAUUGCCACGUUAUAAGAGAAAAAAUAGUACAAGGUCUGAUAGUAACAAAGUACAUACCUAGCAAAGAUUAA